AUGGCUUCCUCUGGCCAUGAUGUUAGUACUUCUUUCGUGAUUCUCAUUCCCAAAGAGACAUCAGCAAGACAAAGGAAACGGGCCUCUGCCGGGCUGAAGGAGGAGGCCCGAGUGAAGGCCACAUCCUGCUGGAGUUGGGUAUGGGGAGAGGAACAGAGAGAGGCAAAUGAAGACGAUCAGUUAGAGCCAAAUGGCUUUGCAGUCGUCAAAGCUGAUCCUGGCCAGGUGGUCUGGUCUGCUCAGGUGCCCACACCUGGUGCUCCUGCACCGCUGACUGCUGAUGACACAAUGUUCCUUGGUGUCGUUCCUUGCGCAGAUGCUGCUCUCCUUAGCGGGGCAUUGCCUCAGAGCCAUGAUGCUGGCAAUUGCUCUAACUUCAUGGAGGAGACCAAGACUUUCUCAUCGACUGAGAGUCUGCGACAACUUUCUCAACAGCUUAACGGCCUUGUCUCUGAGGUACCACAAGAUUAG